AACGUUCCGAGUUCUGACAGCGACACAAUAGUUAACACUUUUCUAGUUUUCUUUGUUCAAACAAACGUCCUUCUUUGAUUCUCAAAAUGUAAUUCUUCCCUUGCACGCUUUUCCUUCCUUUUCAAUCUUAGUAUAAACCCUCUUACAUUCACAAAAAGACUAAAUCUUUGUAUAAAACCCUCUUUCAUUUUCCAAGAAAGAAAAGGCAUUUCUUUUCUGAUCAACAAUGGAAGAAAUGGCAGAAAGCUCCGGAGCCAAACCCCGUGAUGAAAUAUGGGCUAAGCUUGUUUCAUCAGACUCAAGAUAUUCAGAUGUAGAAAUAAGGUCAGAUGAAAUAGUUAUAUGUUCGGAGAUAUCAUCUACUUCUAGUGACAAACAUAACUGGUGCAAGAUAGUAAGGAAUUCUGAUCUAUGUUCUGCCACAAUAGAAAACAAGAGAUCAAAUACAAUUCUUGUUGAUGGGGCCAAGUUAUGUAAUGAAGAUACCAUAGUUAUCAAGGAUGGAAGUGAAAUUGUUCCAGGUCCUGAUGGAGAAGGGUUUGUUAACUACAGAUUUAAUAUAAUGUCAAGCCCAGAAACAUGCCAGAGGCAGCUAAAGAUAUGCAUAGAUGUUGAGCAUGCAAAGUGUAGCAUUUGCUUGAACUUAUGGCAUGAUGUUGUUACUGUUGCCCCAUGCCUUCAUAACUUUUGCAACGGUUGUUUAUCAGAGUGGUUAAGGAGGUCAGAGCAAAGACGUUCUGCAGUACUUUGUCCUCAAUGCAGAGCAGUUGUUCAAUUUGUUGGAAAAAAUCACUUCCUACGUGCCAUUGCAGAUGAUAUGGUAAAAGCUGAUUCUUCUCUAAGACGUGCGGAUGAAGAUAUUGCACUAUUAGAUUCGUAUUCAUCAAUACGAUCAAACCUUGUCCUUAGGUCUGGAAACAAUCGCCGAAAAAGGGCUUUGACAUCCACACCACCGAAUGAUCAUAGUGAUGAUGGCUCAGACCUUCGAUGCCCACAGUGUGUUACCGAAGUUGCUGGGUUUCGUUGCAAUCACAGCACUGAUCAUCUCCAAUGUCAAGCAUGUGGAGGAAUGAUGCCCUCCCGUACUGAUUUAGGCAUUCCUCAACAUUGUUCAGGAUGUGAUAGACCAUUUUGUGGAGCUUACUGGCAUACUUUAGGGGUAGCCAGGAGUGGUUCUUAUCCCAUUUGCUCCCAGGAUACUUUGAAACCUAUCUCAGAACACACCAUCUCUAGAAUCCCUUUGAUAGCACAUGAAAAGAAUCUGCAUGAGCAUAUUAUCACUGAAAAUUGCAUUCGACAAAUGGGGAGGACAUUGCAGGAUGUUAUAUCAGAAUGGAUAGUGAAUCUGGACAACAGACUUAUUGAUAGAACUAGAUUAACGCUAAAUAAUGCCGAGAUGAUUACUGCUAGGACUAUCGUAUGUCGUGAUUGUUAUGAGAAGUUGGUGUCUUUUCUCUUGUACUGGUUUCGAAUAUCCUGUCCCAGAAAUUAUUAUUCGGAAGCAGCGUUAGCAAGGCAAGAUUGUUGGUAUGGAUAUGCGUGUAGGACACAACACCACAGUGAAGACCAUGCUCGUAAAAGGAACCAUGUGUGCCGUCCAACUAGAGGCAAUGCCUCCUAAUUCUCCAUUUCUCUCAUGUACAUUCAUUUUUAGUUUUAAUCUUUUAGAAAAUAACUUUUUUUUUUGGUAAUAUUUUAGAAAAUAACUUUGUUGAGUA